GUGGGUAACUGGCCAUUGGAGUCCCUGCUCUGCUACUUGUGAGAAAGGUGUCCAGCACAGGGAAGUGACUUGUGUUUAUCAGUUGCAAAAUGGCACCUACGUUAACACAAGAGACCUCUACUGCCUUGGCAACAAACCAACAACAGUACAAAGCUGUGAAGGACGGGACUGCCUUUCUAUCUGGGAAGCAUCAGAGUGGUCAAAGUGCUCAGCAGACUGUGGCAAGGGAAUUCAGAAAAGAACGGUGACAUGCACAAAUUCUCAAGGAAAAUGUGAUGCAGCCACCAGGCCAAGAGAUGAGGAAGAGUGUGAGGAUCACACAGGCUGUUAUGAAUGGAAAACAGGCGAUUGGUCUAAGUGCUCCUCAACCUGUGGGAAGGGCCUUCAGUCACGCGUGGUCCAGUGUAUGCACAAAGUCACCGGGCGCCACGGCAAUGAGUGCCCGGUCCUGUCCAAGCCAGCAGCCUACAGGCAGUGCCACCAAGAGGUCUGCAAUGAGAAGAUAAACGUCAACACAAUUACCUCGCCCAGACUUGCUGCUCUCACGUACAAGUGCACAGGCGACCAGUGGACAGUGUACUGCAGGGUGAUCCGGGAGAAGAAUCUGUGCCAAGACAUGCGGUGGUAUCAGCGCUGUUGCCAGACUUGCAGAGACUUUUAUGCAAACAAGAUGCAGCAGAAGAGUUAAUGAACCUGUGCUACUUCUUAGGGUAUUACAGCUAUUUGUAUGUAAAUCACGGACUAGUAGGUCUGAGUACUGGAACUUCAUGAGUUGCUACAAUGUGGUGGAUUCCAAAGCAUACCUAAGACUUGAAACUAAUUCUACAGACUGGAUACCAAAGUAAUCCACUCAUCCACCUUAAAAAAAAAAACAAACAGAAAGAGUCAUCUCAAGGAGCCAAUCAUUUUAUCGUAUUGUGACAUCCUUACGUUUUUCAUUAAUGCUUUUUACUUUAAUAUAUUAAAUCACCAGCCACUGGAUGGCUUGCUACC